AUGUUCAAGGCUUACAAGAACCUCUCGCCCAACGCCAGGCUCGGCGUCGGCGUCGGCGUCCUCAUCUGGGGUACGGCUGGGCUCUACCUCUCGGACCGCGCCGAGGAGCGGUUCGGCUUCAAGCCGACAGAGCAGGACAAGGAGGAGCUGCGGCAGAUGACGCCGCACAUUGUCGCGGUGGAGAGGGAAGAAAAGUGA